AUGGACGACAAAUACUCCAUCUCCCAUCACGACAAUAUCGACAUGUCCAAGGAAGAAGUCGAACGAGCCGAGACCGGAGGCAAUGAACAACGAGACGCUCAAUUCGAGAAGAGGGUUCUGCGCAAGGUCGACUGGCGACUUCUGCCCAUGCUUGGCUGUCUUUACACCAUCGCCCUCGUCGACCGAUCCAAUGUUGCUGUUGCGCGCAUCUCCGGUAUGGAUGAAGACCUCGGCCUCGAUCAAGGCAGUCGCGCCUCGAUCUCCUUGAUGGUCUUCUUCAUCGGCUACAUCAUCUUUGAGAUCCCUAGCAACGCCUUCAUUCACAAACUUGGAGCUGCCAACUGGCUUGCGUUUCUGGCCGUGGCCUGGGGACUAGUCUCGCUUGGAAUCGGAUUCCUUCAUAAUUGGCAGGGCUUUGCGGUGCUGAGAUCGUUACUUGGUGUCUUUGAAGCGGGCUUCUUUCCAGGCUGUGUCUACCUGGUCUCCUCAUGGUACAGACGGUACGAGGUGCAGAAACGAAUGGCUGGAUUCUUCUUGACAGCGUCUGCUCUGUCUGCCUUUGCAAACAUCCUCGCCUAUGGCCUCAUCCAGAUCUCGAAGCAUCACUCCUACAAAGGGUGGCGAUGGAUCUUCAUCAUCGAAGGUGCCAUCACGGUCGUAGCCGGCAUCGGCUCCUGGUUCAUUAUCGUCGAUUUCCCCGAUUCGUCCGCCAACACAUUCCUCACACCCGAAGAAAGAGCAUUCGUCAAGGCCAGACUCGCAGCCGACCGUGGACCCGAGGAGCGCGAAAAGGUCACUCUGAAGGUGGUUGCUAAGACAGCUGCUGACUGGAAACCCUGGGCGUUUUCGCUCAUGUACGCGGCCGGUGCUGUCGGAGUCUACGCAUUCCUCUUUUUCCUGCCACUCAUCCUCCGAGGUGGUCUUGGCUACUCUCUGGAGAUGUCCUUCAUUCUUAGCACACCACCUUCCCUCUUUUCGGUUGUCGAGGCCAUGGCGAUUUCAUGGCUCGCUGACAAGAUGAAGAUGCGUGGCCCAUUUGUUGUCUUCCAGGGCUUGAUUGGUAUUAUCGGGCUUUGCAUGACUGGAUUUCUGGACUCACCAACUCCUCGAUACAUUGGGACCUUCCUGGGUGUUGCUGGAGCCAACGGUCUCGUUGUAACAACACUCGCAUGGCAGGCUAACAAUAUCGUUGGUGACUCCCGACGCGCUGUCUCAACCGCCAUCCUCAUUAGCAUGAGUGGUGUUGGUGGAAUCUACUCAAGCAUGGUUUUCCGCCAGCAAGAUGCCCCUAACUAUCUCCCGGGCAUUAUUGCCGUCAUGGCCAUCAACAUUGCCGCUGUGCUAACUGCCGUCGUCACCAUGGUCCUGCUUCGAUGGCAGAAUCAGCGAGCCGACAAGGGAGAGGUACUAUGUGAAGAUAGAGAGGGAUUUAGGUAUACUCUAUAG